ACCAUUUCCGGUCCCCGUUGGUGAGCACACGAACAGGAAGCCAGCUCAACACACGUGAAAAAUUUUAGCCAAAACAGACGGCGGACGCUAGAUGGAUAUCACAGAGGUUCCCGUGAGUCAGGACAACAAAGGUAAGAAAAAGAAGAAUAAGAAGGGAAAGAAGAAGAGUGUGAGUCAGGAGGGAAAUGGAGAAAGCGGCGGAGUUGACACGAAGGAGGAGAAGAUGGAGAAGAGCGAGCCAGCCUUCCCCCCCACCUUCAGUGUGUCCGAAAUCAAGAACAAACAGCGAAGGCAUCUCAUGUUCAUGAAACUCAAGCAGGAGAAAAGAAAGCAAAAGAUGCAGAUAAAGAAAAAGAAGAAAAAAGAAAGGGAAGCUUUAGGUGACAAGGCACCGCCUAAAGAGGUCCCAAAGACGAUCGAAAACCAGAGGGUGUACGACGAGACAACAGUUGACCCAGAAGAUGAAGAGAUUGCAUUUGAUGAGGGAACUGAUGAGUUUUCUGCCUACUUCAACGGGUUGACAAACCCCAAAGUGCUCAUCACAACAUCAGACAGACCAAGAGGGAGGACGGUGAGGUUUUGUGAGCAGCUGGCCACAGUAAUCCCAAACGCCCACGUGUACUACAGAAGAGGUUUGGCCCUGAAGAGGAUCAUUCCUCAGUGCAUCGCCAGGAACUUCACCUACCUCAUUGUCAUCAACGAGGAUCGCAAAGUGCCCAAUGGUUUGGUUCUCUGUCAUCUCCCUGACGGGCCGACUGCACACUUCAAGAUCAGUAGUGUACGACUACGUAAGGAGAUGAAGAGAAGAGGCAAAGAUCCAACUGAACACUCCCCAGAGGUGAUCCUCAACAACUUCACCACACGCCUGGGCCACAGCAUCGGUCGGCAGUUCGCUGCCCUCUUUCCACAAGACCCGCAGUUCGUAGGUCGACAGGUCGCCACCUUCCACAACCAGAGAGACUUUGUCUUCUUCAGAUUCCACAGGUACAUCUUCAAGAAUGAGAAGAAAGUUGGCAUUCAAGAGCUCGGACCUCGCUUCACCCUCAAACUCCGCUCUCUACAGAAAGGCACAUUCGACUCAAAGUUUGGAGAGUAUGAGUGGGUCCUGAAGCGCCAUGAGAUGGAUGCCUGCCGACGGAAGUUCCAGCUUUGAAUACAAAUAACAACCAGCUUUUUGGGUCAGGCAAUGACGACCUUGUUUAUUAUCCAAGAUAUUACUAAUGUGUGUGGCUUUGCACAAAGAAUCUGCAUAUCCACUCUUUAUGCAAACAGUGAACCCUUGUCCUUUCAGCUUUGUUUGAUGUUCAACACCGAUGACUGGAUUUUAGGAGAUCACAUUGUUGGAGGUUCACACUCAACCUGAAAAAUUACUUCUUUAAAGCUGGAAUUCUUUCUGAAGACCAAGUAAAGACAUCUGGGACAGGAGCUUGUAGCUCAUUGCAAGGAUGUUUGUUAGUUGGGAGACACCAGGAAGGAGACAUGCAGGCGCUCCACAUGAAUCCCAGUAACCUGAAACUUCAGACCUGCGAGUGUAUGUGAAAGUUGUAUUGGCAGAUGUGUAGUUCAUUUUAAAUUAAUUUCCACAAACUGUAUGAAUUUAGCCUCGACAUAAAUCACAAAGUCCUUGUCCCAGCCUGUCAUGCGUGCAGACAUACACCUGUUCAAUCCUACUCUGCAAAUGAUAAAGGAGCAGUGAAUUAGGGUCUGGGAAAAGGUAAAUGGUUCACAUUGCAGCCGCUUUUCUAUUUGACAGGGCUUUCAAAAUAAUUACGGAUGACUCAUUGAACACAUUUCUUAAUGUAAAUACUCAUUUUAAUAAAACAUGAUGCAAGUUUAAAA